AUGGUGUGGAAAGUGGGGACCCUGUUUGAAGCUGAGCAGGAGAAGGAGAAGAAGAAAACGUCACAGUUGACACCUCAACGGGGCUUUAGUGAAAACGAUGAUGAUGAUGAUGACGACUCAUCUGAAACUGAUUCUGAUGAUGAUGAUGAUGAUGAAGAGCACGGAGCCCCUCUGGAAGGGGCCUACGAUCCCGCAGAUUAUGAGCAUUUGCCAGUUUCUUCUGAGAUUAAGGAACUCUUCCAGUACAUCAGUAGGUACACACCUCAGUUGAUUGACCUGGAGCACAAACUGAAACCCUUCAUUCCUGAUUUUAUCCCAGCUGUUGGGGAUAUUGAUGCAUUCUUAAAGGUCCCACGUCCUGAUGGAAAGCCUGACAACCUUGGUCUGUUGGUAUUGGAUGAACCUUCUACAAAGCAGUCAGACCCUACAGUGCUCUCACUCUGGUUAACAGAAAACUCCAAGCAACACAACGUCACACAACAUAUGAAAGUAAAGAGCCUGGAAGAUGCAGAAAAGAAUCCCAAAGCCAUUGACAUGUGGAUUGAAAGCAUCUCUGAGUUACACCGUUCUAAGCCGCCUGCAACUGUGCACUACACCAGGCCCAUGCCCGACAUUGACACGCUGAUGCAGGAAUGGUCCCCAGAGUUUGAAGAGCUUUUGGGCAAGGUGAGCCUGCCCACGGCAGAGAUUGAUUGCAGCUUGGGAGAAUACAUUGACAUGAUCUGCGCCAUUCUAGACAUCCCUGUCUAUAAGAGUCGGAUCCAGUCCCUCCACCUGCUCUUUUCUCUCUACUCGGAAUUCAAGAACUCACAGCAUUUCAAAGCUCUUGCUGAAGGCAAGAAAGCAUUCACCCCUCCAUCCAACUGCACCUCCCAAGCUGGAGAUGCAGAGACAUUAAUCUUCAGCUGAGUCACUCCCAAGCCACCCUGUUUCAAGGCUGAACUGGCUCUUCUGCCCCAGCUGAGACAGAUCAUUGUCAGCCACCUAGAGUCCUUGCCUUGCCACAGCUUGGCUCAGGGGUGGUACAUGUCCUGCUUCCCGCUCUGCCAAAGAGCACUGCACAUAUUUGUUAAACAGCUCUGCCCAUCUCAGAUUGCCUUCCCGGGGGAGUUAUGAAUCUACACCACUUGUGGGGAUUUGAGUUAGAAGAAUUGGAAUUUCUGAGAUCCCAUGGAGCUCAGUUUGGAAGGAAAUCUUAAAAGAUGUCCUUUUUGGGAUAGGGAUGGAAUUAUUUUCUUUCAUUCAUAGAGUUGGUGGACAAAGAUUUUAUAAAU